AUGUCAAGAUAUAGAAAAUGGUAUCAAGGUAAAAAGGAGCUACUUACCAGUGUAGAAGAUUUGUAUGAUCUUUAUUAUAAGCUAUCCAAAAAAGAUAGGCCUAUGACUGAAGCAGAAAUUGAGGAAGCUGUUGAAGAUGUACUUAUAGACGA